UGUCCUCGGGGAAUCGACACAGCAUUGCCAGAAACUUUACAGCAACAAAAAGCAGCGUCCACAGAGACUUCACGCCACUAGCUGUUUGUGGACCAGAGAAGGGCAUUUAGAUUGGAACCUCUAAGGCUCGGACUUGUACUCUUUCUUUUUCAGUAGUCCCCGUUCCUGAUGUUCCAAUCCGAGUGUCAGAGUACCUGACUGGACUGUGGGAUUUACGCUGGAUAAAAACUAUAAUCUGCCUGGCAGCAGUUUACUUUUCUCGCUCCUCGGCGCACCAUCAUUAGCGGAUUGGCAAGGUGGACUGUGGAUCGUUCAUGUUCGGCCUACAAGAUAGUCUGGCCUCUAGAGUCACGCAGAUGACAAACCUGAAAGAGGAACCGUCGUUAGCCAGCCAGCUAGGAAGCGUGCGCUCCUGGAUGCAUUCGUCGGUGGUCGACACGCCGACCUCAGGGAGUGUUGGUCUGGGGCGGGCACACUUCGAGAAACAACCGCCAAGUAACCUCCGUAAGUCAAAUUUCUUCCACUUCGUACUGGCAUUGUACGACCGGCAGGGUCAACCGAUAGAAAUCGAAAGAACUGCCUACAUCGACUUCGUUGAGAAGGACCUGGUAAGUGAAGAACAAGAGGGUCAAAAAACCAACAAUGGAAUACACUAUCGCCUACAGCUGCUCUACGCAAACGGAGUUCGCCAGGAGCAAGAUUUAUAUGUGCGGCUCAUUGACUCAGUCACAAAACAGGCCAUCGUAUACGAAGGUCAGGACAAGAACCCAGAGAUGUGCCGAGUACUUCUUACGCACGAAAUCAUGUGCAGCCGAUGCUGUGACAAAAAGAGUUGCGGCAACAGAAACGAAACCCCUUCCGACCCAGUAAUAAUAGACAGAUUUUUCCUAAAGUUCUUCAUGAAAUGUAACCAGAAUUGCUUGAAAAAUGCAGGAAAUCCCAGAGACAUGCGGAGAUUUCAGGUUGCAAUUGUGACCAAUGUUUCUGUGGAUGGCCCUCUAUUGGCAGUCUCCGACAACAUGUUUGUGCACAACAAUUCUAAGCAUGGCCGCCGAGCCAGACGGCUGGAUCCGACUGAAGGUGCUACCCCAGUGAUUAAAGCUAUCUGCCCAAGUGAGGGUUGGACUUCAGGGGGGACCACGGUCAUGAUCAUUGGCGACAACUUCUUUGAUGGCUUACAGGUGGUCUUUGGAACCAUGUUGGUUUGGAGUGAGCUGGUGACAUCCCAUGCAAUCAGAGUCCAGACCCCUCCCCGUCAUAUCCCUGGGGUUGUGGAAGUGACCCUGUCUUACAAGUCCAAACAGUUCUGUAAAGGUGCCCCUGGAAGAUUCGUCUAUACAGGUACAUCAUCCUUGACAGAGCCAACUAUAGACUAUGGAUUCCAGAGACUUAUGAAACUUGUGCCAAGACAUCCAGGUGAUCCAGAGAGGUUACCAAAGGAAAUCAUUCUGAAGCGGGCUGCAGACUUAGCAGAAGCCCUGUACAGUAUGCCUCGUAACAACCAACUAGCACUUCCUGCACCGCGCUCCCCAGGCAUGAACACAGGAUCUGGCAUGUCCAGUUUCAACACCUACACUGGUCAGCUGGCGGUCAGUGUACCUGAAGCAGCCAAUGGUCAGUGGGAAGAAAGCUAUAACCGUAGUUCUACCUCCAGUGUUUCCCCUCGUGGGUAUGGCUCAAAUGGCUCCACGCCCCACAGCAGUAAUGGCAGUUCAUACAGCAGUACAAUGAAUGGCUACGGAAGUUCUGUAGGCAACAUGGGAAUGCCACCAAAUCCAGACUUCCUCCAUGGACAUGCUGCUAUUCCGUCCCUGCAAAUGCCACCCUCAAUGCUGUCCCAACCUUCCCUCAGUAAUGUAGGGAGGGGAAAUUAUGGCAGUCCAGGAUCAGCUUCUUUUUCCACCACCACCACCAUCUUCCAAGGUGCUAAACAGAAAAGUGCAUUUGCCCCUGUCACACGUCCAUGCCUCUCUCCUCCAACGAUCUCAAGAUCCGCUGCCAUGUCAGGUUUCCAGACAGGAGGGUGGACGUCUGCUGCCCUUGUCGGUGAAUGAGUGGUAUUGUGUCUUCUCCAUUUUCCAGUAUGAAUCCAUUCCUACCAACUUGUUCAUCUCAGAGCUACCCUGCCUCCAUCAUUUC